AUGUCCCGCUCCUUCUACGUGGACUCCCUCAUCAUCAAGGACUCGUCGAGGCCGGCUCCGUCCCUGCCCGAGCAUCACCACCACGGCCAGGAUUUCUUCAUCCCCCUCGGCGUGCCUUCCCCUCUCGUCAUGUCGGUGGCGGGGCCGGGCUGCCCGUCCCGCAAGAGCGGCGCUUUCUGCGUCUGCCCGCUCUGUGUCACCUCGCACCUGCACUCCUCCCGCGGUGCUGGUGGCGGUGGCGGCGGCGGCGGAGGAGGAGGAGGUGGCGGGGCCAUCCCCCUGCUCAAGGGCCAGUUCCCCGCCGCCUCCGGCUCCCCCGAGGCGCAGUGCUGCCCGAGGGCCGGCCACGCUCAGCACCCUCCUCAGCACCCGCCGCCCGCAGUGCCCGCCGCCGCCCUGGGGCACCCAGCGCAUCACCCACCUGCCUGCGCCGCCACCGCCUACAGCGUCAGCGACCCCCGGAGGUUUCACUGCCUCGGCAUGGGAGGGUCCGACGCCAGCCAAAUGCAAAACGGGAAGAGGAUGAGGACGGCUUUCACCAGCACCCAGCUCCUGGAGCUGGAGCGGGAGUUCUCCUCCAACAUGUACCUGUCCCGCCUGCGGCGGAUCGAGAUAGCCACCUACCUGAACCUCUCCGAGAAGCAGGUGAAGAUCUGGUUCCAGAACCGGCGGGUGAAGCACAAGAAAGAAGGCAAAGGCACCCAGCGAAACUCCCACGGGGGCUGCAAGUGCAGCACCGGCCAGGGGCACUACCCCAGGUCGGAGGACGAGGAGUCUUUAUCUCCCUCAUCGGCUACCGAGGAGAAGGAGAUCUCCCCGCUAUGA